CACUCUGCAGAAAUGGGAGACAUCAACGUUGCUGGAGUUGUGGCAAUUGUUUUGUUUUAUCUCUUCAUUCUUGGCGUUGGUUUAUGGGCUGCUCGUCGGCGAAAGGACAAUGAGGAAGAAACCAUGUUAGCAGGACGAAGUAUUGGGAUGGUUGUGGGCACCUUUACUCUGACAGCAACAUGGGUCGGUGGAGGAUACAUCAAUGGUACAGCGGAAGUGCUCUUUGAUAAAGACCAAGGUCUCGUUUGGGCCCAGGCUCCCUGGGGCUACGCUCUUAGCCUGGGGUUAGGUGGGCUUCUUUUUGCCAAGAUCAUGCGCCAAAGAGAGUACAUCACCAUGAUCGACCCUUUCCAGGAAAGGUACGGUCCACGUAUGGGUGGAUUGUUAUAUAUUCCAGCAUUGUUGGGCGAAGUAUUUUGGUCUGGCGCCAUCUUGUCAGCUCUUGGUGCCACUGUGAGUGUUGUUAUCGGCUUGGAUCGCUUCACUUCUGUGGUUGUUUCUGCGUGCAUUGCUAUUUUCUACACGUUAAUGGGUGGACUGUACUCUGUGGUUUACACUGAUGUAAUACAACUCAUCUGCAUCUUCGUUGGAUUGUGGCUCAGUAUUCCAUUCGCCAUGACUCACAAAGCAGUGACCAGUAUCACAGAAGAUUCCAGCAAAUGGGUUGGAGAGAUACCUACUGAUCAGAUUGGAGUUUGGCUGGACUAUGCCAUGCUGCUAAUUUGCGGUGGCCUUCCAUGGCAAGUGUACUUUCAGCGUGUGUUGUCGAGCAAGACACCAGGAAAGGCUCGGAUAUUGUCUCUGAACGCUUCUUUGGGAUGUAUGAUCAUGGCCGUUCCUGCAAUACUCAUCGGAGCCAUUGGUGCCUCAACAGAUUGGACCCAAACGUCGUUUUACAAACCACCUGAGGAUAACAUCGCCAACCAAACAGCCUCAGUAUAUGUCGAUAAGACUCUGAUCCUUCCCAUGGUACUUCAGUACCUCACUCCAACAGCUGUGUCCUUCAUUGGUCUGGGUGCUGUGUCUGCUGCUGUCAUGUCGUCCACUGAUUCCAGUAUGCUCUCGGCCAGCUCCAUGUUUGCCCAUAACAUUUACAAACUGGUCUUCAGACAGAAGGCCUCCGAGAAAGAAGUUGUGUGGGUGAUGCGUUUUGCCAUAUUCGGAGUUGGCGCGGCCGCUACAGCCAUGGCUCUGUCAGUUGGUUCCAUCUACGCGUUAUUUCAUCUGUGCAGUGACCUGGUGUUUGUGAUACUGUUUCCACAGUUGUGCUGUGUUAUCUAUUUCAAAGCCUCCAACACUUACGGCUCCAUUACAGGGUACAUAUUUGGCCUUUUUCUGCGCGUGGGGGGAGGGGAAGAUAAAAUUGGUUUCCCAGCCUUUAUUAAAUAUCCAUUUUAUGAUGAGGUUAAGGGUCAGCUGUUUCCGUUCCGUACUCUGUCCAUGAUUGUUUCUUUUUCUACCAUUGUCUCGGUUUCGUUCUUAGCAAAGUAUUUGUUUGAACGCGAAAUCAUUCCGUUAAAGUGUGAUUUCCUGAACGCCUUCAAGAAAUACGAGGUCCGGGAGAAAGAAAAAUGCGAGGAAGAAUCAAAAAUGUGAUUGUGUUUCUUGAGGAGGUUCCUGAAGGGGAUUACUUAUGCCGACAUACAUGGGUGAUGUAAUUUGUGUUGUUACACGUACAUAAUGUUUGUCUUUGCUGAGAUUUUUUUGGAAAAUGAUUGAUUAAGACUGUAGAAUAUACAAAUGGGUAUCACUUCCGGGAUGAUAAGCACACGUGCACAUACAAACACGACAGCUUUUUCCUUUUGGCUAUAGCUCUCUAGAGACACCAAUCGCCAUUUUCUGGUCUUCAACAAAAGCAGUGACCUAUCCAGUUUCUAGUAUUUUGAACCAUCAAACAAAAAUUAACCAUCGAGUGAAGACAAAUAUAGAGCGACAGAUUCCAAGUGCAAAAUAAGACAAGACCGGGACCCCACCUGUGCUCUUACAGGUAAAAAAAAAAAACAAUCAAUCAGUGUGUGACGUUUGAUGAAAAUUAAGUGUAAAAGUGUAAGAUAAAAUUCAUAGUAAUGACCUUAAACUCUCGAAUUUUUUAGCGCAUACUAUAUAGCAAUGG